AUGACCUCCCCGCCCCCUGUCCAGUUGGAGGUGGAGGUUGGCGAUGAAUCUAUGGAGGAUGAUGCUUCCGACAUGAUUCCGGCUGACAGGUUCGCGUUGCCUAGCCGAGGUGACGCUGUGGUGGAGCUAUGGAGGUCGAAGAUGGAGGAAGGUGUACUGGCACCAGCGCACUUCUUGGACCACUGGAGGGUCAAUGUCCCCAGUAUAUAUUCUCCACAACCUAACACGACUUGUUUAGACUAUUCUUUCGACGAAGACCUAGCAGCUGAUCUGCUUAUUCAGCCCCUGGAGCAGUUUGUGUGGGGCAACAGUGAUGGAUCCCAGCCGCCGUUACCACGACGGUCGACCCUCUGUGGACGAGUGUUCAAGCAGGGUGAUCCAGCGUACAGCUGUAGGGAAUGCGGUAUGGACAACACUUGCGUAUUGUGCGUGGAGUGUUUCAAGGUGUCAGCGCACCGGCACCACAAGUAUAAGAUGGGGCAGUCCAGCGGCGGGGGCUGCUGCGACUGUGGCGACACCGAGGCUUGGAAGAGGGAUCCCUUCUGCGAGUUACACGCGGCGUCUGAAGACGACAAGCAGGAAGAGGCUACCAUUAAACCAGAUGUAGUGGAACGUAUGAAGAUAGUGGCGUCGGUCACCCUCUCAUACUGUCUGCGACUGCUGACACACGACCAUGCGCCCGGACUACCCAAUGAUCUCAGUACGUUAACUCGUUGCAGGCUGAAAGACGCGGAGCGCGACCUCCUGCAGAUCCUCGACCAACCAGACUGUUACUGCACAGUCCUCUAUAACGACGAGACACAUACGUUUGAUCAGGUCAUCACGACUCUAGUAAGAGUAACGAAAUGUAACCAAAGAGAUUCCUUGGAACUAGUUAGUUUGAUUGACCGCGAAGGUCGAGCGCUGGUUAAAUGCAACUCGUUCCAAGUCUGCGACAAACUGAAGACCGAUAUCGAAAUUGUAGCUUUGUCGCUUUAUGAAUACCACCCCGUCGCCCCUCCGGGGGCAAAUAUAGACGAACUAAUAGUAGAAGCAAUGAUUAUUAACAUGCUACCGGCGUUGCGUAACGAGAGUCUAAAGUUCACGUCGCGCCAUGGACCCAGCCUCAAGGUGCUCGUCAUGCACGCCCACGUCAUCGCGCAUCAGACCUUCGCUAUGAAGCUGCUGCAUUGGUUACAAAACUUCGUAAGUCAAGAACCAAGUCUUCGACUGGCCGUUAGCCAAGUGGCGCUUGGUGAAGAGGUUUGGGGGGCUAGCACGUCGGUGGGAGGUGGUGGCGGGGUCGCUUGUGGGGUCAUGCAGAAUGACUCGCGCAUGUGGAAGGCUGCCCGCACCGCCUGGCACCGGCUUCUUAUCGCCACAACCCUGAUGGACUACUCCACGAAGAAAGCUAUGGCGAUACUAUUCACUAAGAAUUAUGGAUCAAUACUCAAAGAUUUUAUCAAGGACGAUCAUGACCAUUCGUUCUCGAUAUCUUCUUUGUCGGUACAACUGUACACGACACCGACUCUGGCGCACCAUCUAAUCGCGAAGCACGACGCGUUGUUCGUCGUUAUGAACACCUUCAUAAGCGAGUGUAAUCGACGCUGUAAUCAACAAACUGGUCGUCUAGAAUUUGACAGGGCAAACAUUCCUCUGGCUUUUAAGCGAGCGCAGUUCAUCCUGUACGAUGUGAAAUACCUCCUCAGUUCGGUACCCACCUCCUUCGACGAUGACCUUCGCAAGGGAUUCAUGCAUGGCAUGUCUCUCAUGCUGAACUUACUCGUCAUGAUGCAGGGCAUGGAUUCUGUCGUUAGACAGGUCGGGCAGCAUAUGGAGUACGAGCCCGAAUGGGAGUCUGCCUUCAAUUUGCAUGUCAAACUAGCCCACAGCAUCACGCUCUCACUGGAAUGGUGCGCAGCAGAGAAGACUCUGGCCACCGCCCUCUUCCGCAUGGCUUUGAGGAAAUACAGUGAGACUUACACUCCGUCACCCAAGGUUUAUUAUGAGCUAGGCAACCAGAGCGCGUCAGUGAUCCCAUACGACGUAUCUACUAAGCCUGUGUCCAUCCACCGGCCACUAUCUCGUUACAUCGCGGGCUUACAUCUACUGUUGCAUGACCAUGGCCUGUCCUACCACAGUAAAGAGUUCGACCGACAGGAUAAACCAAAACCGACACCUGUUGAACUCAUUGAGCCAAUCCUGCAGACGAUGGCGAUGAUAGGACAAGUGCACGCGGGUAUGUGGCGAAGGAACGGAUUCGCUCUCAUCAACCAACUCUAUUUCUACCAGAACGUCAAAUGUCGCGCGGAGAUGCUCGACAGAGAUAUAGUCAUGUUACAGAUCGGAGCCUCUCUAAUAGAGAGCAAUGAGUUCAUAAUUCACGUGUUGAAUAAGUUCAAACUACUGGACUGGGCGAAGCCCGACUUUGAGCGCACUUCGGGGGAAGACGCCAUCAGGCAUUCUAUACCCAUGGUUGAAGAGUUCCUGGGACUUCUCAUCACCAUUUACGGGGCUCGCUACGUCCCCGGUGUAGGCGAGGUGACCAACGAAGAUCGCACCAUGAAGGAAAUCAUACAAAUGUUGUGUGUCAAGCCCAUGCCACAUUCAGAACUCAACAGAUGUCUCCCAGAAGAUCAGCUCCAUGAAACUGGUUUAGAAGCAGUCAUCCACAAAGUAGCAGAUUUCAUCAAGCCCACUAGUGGGAAUAACCGCGGCGUUUACAAAUUAAAGCCGCAUCUGUACGACGAGUAUGACACAUUCUUCUACCACUAUACCAGGGAGGAACUGUCCAGGAGUGAGGAGGAACAGAGGAACAGGAGGAAGGCUGCAGGUCUUCCAGAAUGCUGUCCCCCUCCAAUGCUCCCGAAGCUGGCGCCUCCAUUCCGUCUAAUAGCCAAUUUGCUACAAUGUGAUGCGGUCCACUAUGUACUGAAAACUGUGUUCGAACGGGCCUUAGACCUGAGGGCCAGGACCUUCUCCGAGACACAAGUGCAUAAGGCGUUGCACCUGAUAGGCUACGCGUUGCGUGACGAGGAGAGCGGGCACUACGAGUUCGUCCAGUUCGCGGAGGGCGCGGCCCGCACCGGCCUCGUGGCGCUGCUGCAGCAGCUCGCCGUCAGCCCGCGCCUCGAGGCGCACCGCGAACUCGCGCGCUGGGUGCACCAGAAGAUACGAUCUCUGCUCGGACAGAACGAUGAGCAUGUCGGUGACGGGGAGAACAUGGAAACGGACCAGGAGGAGAAACCUACCAACACCGAGACUGCCGAAGCUGAAAAGUCACGUCGCGCGAAGUUAGCUGCGGAGCGACGUGCUAAGCUGAUGGCACAGAUGCAAACACAAAUGAACAACUUCAUAUCCAAGAACGCCACACUUUUCGAAGAGACUACGACUGAGGUGACGGCGGAGGAGCAAGAGUUGCGUCCAUUAUACCGAGGCGCGGCGCUGGGUGUCUGGGGGGGCGGCGUGCCCGAGCCUACGCGUACCUGUAUUAUGUGCCAAGAAGAGGCGCGCGUACAGCUGACGGGCCCCCGCGUGGUGCUGGUGGCGUACGUGCAGGACUCGACGGUGCUGAACCGCAUGCCGCGCGACAAGCGAGGCCGCGUGGCGGACGCCUGGCGCCACGCCUGGCUGCCGGCCGGCCUCGGCCUGCAGCCGCACGUGUCCAGCUGCGGACACAUCCUGCACGCGGAGUGCUUCAGCAACUACAUCGACAACGUGCAGGACAAGGAGCACAGGAGACCAUAUCGCGGCCGGCAACCAGCAGCGUUUGACGUGGAAAGGAAAGAAUACUUAUGUCCUUUAUGCGAACGCCUCUGCAAUGCUGCACUACCUAUACUCCCUGCCCCGCCCGUGCCGAGAGAACCCGUACCACCACUGAGUGAAGAGUUGUAUAUCGAGUCGGUUAACUUGAUCCUCAAACUGAAACAUCAAAUCACCUCCAGAAUUGUUCAUAUUUGUACUGAAUACUGCGAUGACAGGCUCUGCCGCGCCCGAGCAAGGAGCGUCGGACCUAUGUCCGCAGAUAUGGCGGAGGCCGAGCUAGCCGAUAACACAGAGAUAUACGUCUCUACUCACUCUGAAAAUCUUCUAAAAGAGGAGUUCUUACACCACUUUUUAGUUGAAACUCAUCCCUUCAGAGAACGUGGUAAAGGGUUGAUUUUUGAUUUUGUUGAAAAAAUUCCAGUCUCAGACUAUGGUGGCCUGGCAUCAAGUGCUGCCCUCUACAGGUCGACAUCGUACACUAUAAUGAGCACUAAUGCAGUUUUACGAGCUGAGAACAGGCCGUUAUUAGGCGACCUACCAGCCAGAUACAGGGAAACUUUACAGGCUCUGAUCAGAAUGACAGCCGUUUUACCUGCAGUCUGGGAACCACCCAAACACCUCUCCCACCACGCACUCAGCUCCCUAAACACUCUAGAAUGCAGUUCUCCCCUCACGCACGAACCGUUCGGUACUCUAGUCUCCCUAGUUCUAUCCGCACCGUGUCUCUUCUGCAAAGUCGGUGGACCAGCCAGACCGACCAACCUCGCCAAGGCGUUCACACUACAGUGCUUCAGGGCCACGCUAGCCAGGGCGCUACUCGUUACCGACGUCUCUACUUGCAAGAGCCAGCCAAUGGAAGGCCAGGAGGACUUCAAAGACGCAGACUUAGAAAAUCUUCUUCCUUUCAUGAAGGAGUUACGGAAUGGAGUUCUAGAAGACAAUUUGAACCCUACAGAAGUCUGGCAUUUGAUCAAAGAUCAGUGUCAUACGUUCUUGCGGUGCUGUUGUCUGUUCUUUCACUUCUUGAGUGACAUCAGCGCGCCUGAAGAGUUGACUGUAGUGGGGGGAGAUACUUGGGAGGUUAUGUGUGGGUACCUGGACAUGCCGAGUACCUACAAAGAGCUGGUGGAUACUCCUACAGCCAAGAAGAAGAUCUCAGAAUGGAUUGGAAUGUCCACAGAAUGGUUUAACGGAGAGAUUCCUGCUUGCGUCGUCAUUGAGCCUAAAGAGCCUCCUAAUUUGAUUUCGUUGCCCGAAGACUUCUCGGAGCUUAUGAACUUGGUGUCAGAGUUCUCGUGCCCUAACUCCGACCGCGAAGACAGCAAGAAGCCGACAAUGUGCCUCGUCUGUGGACAGAUACUGUGCUCACAGAGCUACUGCUGCCAGGCUGAUGUACCGAAGUGGAAUCGGAUUGGCGAGUUGCAGCGUGUGGGCGCGGUGGUGGCGCACUGCGCGCGGUGCGGCGGCGGGGCGGGCGUGUUCCUGCGCGUGCGCGACUGCGAGCUGCUCCUGCUGGCCUCGCCCGCCCGCGGGGCCAAGAUGCCGGCGCCCUAUCUGGACUCCUACGGGGAGACUGACCAGGGACUACGACGCGGCAAUCCUUUACAACUGUGCCCGACUCGUUACUCCGAGGUCCGCAUGCUGUGGCUGUCGCACGGCCUGCACGAGAGGAUCGCGCGCUCCCUCGACACCAACAUACUCGCGACGACCGCCUGGCAGAACUUGUGA